AUGUACUCUGUUGAAAAGCGUUUUGAUGAAAAGAGUACAGAAAAGAGGACACGAGGACAGGAGGUGCACUCUAAACAAUUUCCAAUUUACGAAUUAAACGAUGCGAACGAAGUACCAGGUAUAGGUUUAGGGACGUUUAUAUUGAAAACACCAUACGAAUCAGUAUAUAACGCGAUAAAAGCGGGAUAUAGAUACAUCGACACGGCGUUAUUUUUCCGAAAUGAAGCGGAAGUCGGUCGGGCGAUAUCCGACGCAAUCAAUCAGGGUAUAGUUACCAGGAAAGAACUUUUCAUCACAGGAAAGCUAUGGAAUACCUACCACGAGCGAGACCGUGUAGAGCUUGGACUACGUAGAUCCUUGCAAAAUCUUAGCUUGUCAUACUUUGAUCUUUACGAAAUGCACACGCCUAUGGCCGAAACGGAAGAUGGCGUUUUCACUUGCACAGACUAUGUAGACACAUGGAAGGGAAUGGAAGAUCUUCAAAAAAAGAAACUGGUCAAAUCCAUUGGUGUAGCCAAUUUCAACAGCAAACAGAUUAACAGGAUUCUUGCCAACUGUGAUGUCGUACCUGCAGUUAACGAAAUUGAGGUGAACCCAAGCUUUCCCAAUUUGGCUCUGGUAUCCUACUGCCAACAGCAUGGUAUUAAAGUCAUAGCCUUCUCUCCCAUGGGCUAUAUUGUACUUCGCCAGCCUGGUGGAAACAGCAAGAAACCUUACCCUGAUGAUCCAUAUUUGACGAAGCUCGCGCAGAAAUACAAGAAGACUGUUUACCAAAUUGUGCUACGUUAUUCAGUCGAUCGUGGAUUCAUCCCUAUACCCCGAUCAGACAAUCCCGACCACAUGAAGGAGAAUUUGGAUAUAUUUGACUUCAAACUUACGCAGAAGGAAGUGCAAAAGAUUAACGAAUUUGAUAUUAAUUCAAGAGUAUUCGAUUUUGGUCAAUUCAACAAUCAUUUACAUUUUAGUUUUAAUCACCCUUAA